UAUUAUCUUUUUUUACAGUAUACAUAAUAGGUCAUUCUCCCUGUAGUUAUCUUAUUAAUUCCAAGACAUUAGAAACAGUUCCUUUCGUUCCCCAACCCUUUGUGUGUAUUUGUGUAUUUAGUUAUUGAACCACACAGUUUGAACAUUUCUAGUAGCUAAAUAAACAGCCCAGAAGCAAAGGAAAUUGUGGGUGCAAUAUCCUUAAGGUCUCUUACCAGGUUAUUGAAUAUCUUCAAUAUGUUCUACCACUGCAGCACUGGGUUUUUCACUUUCAGUAGAAUUGCAAGAACUGUUGAAUUUCAGACACUCGAGUGGUAAAAACUCCAUUAGUUCCACUGGAUGAUUAUUGAAUGGCUAAAGCAGUCCGUGGUUCAGUAUUGUUAAUGAUUUCUGGAGGAGGAGAGCAAACAUGUUUGCAAUGGGUAGACGAGGAGGCACAAGUCCAUUUAGCUGACACAAGCGAGAGCAUUCGGUUUAAAGAUCUUUUCCGUUUUUAUUUUCAUUUGGUCAGUCUGUAAGGUACUACCGCUGAAUUUAGACCUACUGGCUUUGAAAACAAGAUGUGGGAAUUCUUUCUCUGCCUGCUACCUUCUCUGACGUUGGUCCUGCUUCAAAUGAACUGGAUUCGUCAUCUUGCAGAAAGUGCCAUCCAAUGUUUGGGUUGCUUUAUAUGGACUCUAACCUGUAGACUUCUCAAACUCUCAUUUACUAACGUUUCAGGAUCGACUAAGGAGAAGCCAGAGGUUAAACUGAUUUGCAAACCCACAGCUCUUGCCAGCUACCUGAGGAAACACUGUCAUGCUUUGACCCAGCCUCCAACAUGGCCUCAGACUGACCCUCAUUUACAGAUAAUCACCAAUCUCAUGUGGCCCACACUGGAAGGUGCUGAAAUGCAAGGAGUCCGAUUUACAAGGGAUCACCUUCUUCUUCACGAUGGAGGUAUUGUGGCGCUGGACUGGGCUGUUGGUCUCAGCCAUCAAGAUCAGAUCAAAAGGCAACAUCAUCCAGGAGGAAAUGUUCUAGGCCUCCACUCAAGCAAUGCAGCUAUUGUUAUUUUGAUUCCCAAUGCUCUAGGUCGAGUGACACCAAACUUGCUCAAGUUGUGUCACCUGACUCUGAAACAAGGUUUCUAUCCAGUCGUGUUCCAUCGCCGUGGUCACGGUGGCUGCCCUCUUACAACUCCCCGCUACCAGGAGUUUGGGAAUCCCUCAGACCUCAUGCAGACGGUAUGCUACCUGCGGAACCACCAUCCGUCUUCGACUCUUCUCGCUGUAAGUGAGGGCUCAGGAUCAGGCUUGCUGCUGUCUUAUCUGGGCGAAUGUGGCUCUUCAUCGUACCUGAUGGCUGCUGCUUGCAUCUCUCCAGUGUUUCAUGGACAACUGUGGUUUGAGAAUGAAUUUCCUUGGCUCUAUCACUGGGUGGCUCUUAUCUACCGCAAGUUCCAAAUAAACAGGUACGCCACCUCUUUGAGCUCCGUGAUGGAUGUCGCAAACAUUUUAAGCUGCAAAUCCCUGCGAGAUAUGGAGGAAUUCAUGUUCUGCACUGUUACGCAACAAAACCACAGAACAUCAGACUCCAAUGACCACAUUGAAAAGGGCGAUUCAAGGAUAUCACUGAAGCCUGACUGGGCAGGUUACUGGGACAGGAAUGAACCUUUGCGAGACGCAGAUGAAGUGGCAAUACCAGUCCUCUGUUUGUAUAGCACAGACGAUCCCCUUUUCCCACCCUCAUCCACAUUACCCGAGACACUUUUUCACAAUAAUCCUUACUUCCUGCUGGCCCAGACGGAACAGGGUGGCCACUGUGGCUUUAUGCACAAGGAUGAACGUGGAAAUACUACUUCCUGGAGCCAUUCUGCAGUGUUGGGAUAUUUUCACGUGGUUGCCGAUUUCUUUGGGUUAGAGGACAAGAAAGGGUUCAAUGAUGUUACAGCCAUGUGUUGCAGUCAUGGCCUGAGGCGUAGCGUGUCCACGAGAAGGUCGACCCUGCUACGGAAAGAAAGGCCUGUUUUGAGUUCACGAAGACGCCAGAUCUCAACUCCCUCCGAUACGUUUACUUUGGAAGAAGAACGAGAUGAUUUUACUUGGAAUAGGUCCUACACACGUUGACUGAAAGGAGCAGGUGGUGUGUUAGGAGCACAACAGAGAGUGCAGCAAGGAGUGUGUGACGCAUUAUUGGUUGUAACACGACAAAUUGGACUGAAAAGCAGAUUUGUGCAGUUUCCAUUUCAACACUUUCUUAAAGGACCAGAAUGUAAUUUUUUGGAGGAUUUAUUGACAGAAAUGCAAUAUAAUAAUAUAUGUCUUCAGAGGUGUAUAAAGACCUUACAUGAUGAAGCGUUAUGUUUUUAUUACCUUAGGAUGAGCUAUUUCUAUCUACAUACACCUCGGGUCCCCUUACACGGAAUUGGCCAUGUUGUUUCUACAGUAGCCCUAAACGGACAAACUGCUCUACAGAACGCGUUUCAAAAAUACUUUAUCUCCUUGUGACAAAUGUGUGAUUUUAGCUCUGUGUCAGCCACCGUAGUGCUUCGAAAGGGAGGUGAUUGGUUGCAAUUCACAACCUCACCACUAGAUGCC